GUAAUCUUAUUCCAUCUGAAGUAGCGGCGUAUACUAUUAGGAGCCACUCGUCUACAGGAUAUACGGGAUACUGAUAAUCGUCUCCUGGUGAAGUAGGCCAGGCAGCUACACUUACCUGCGCUCUUAGGACCACUAGGACCACUUCCCUUGGUCGUGGUUCAUGUACGCCUACUAUCAACCUAUGUCAUCACCGAAACCUCGAAAAAGGCCAGCACCCGGCAGUGUACCCAUACAGCACCCAAUGGCGCAACCCUAUAGCACACCACCAGACCAGUUGUCAAGAUGGAAUGGGAAUAAUCCAGGAACCUUCGUCGAAAACAUUACGAAUGGGGUAAACUCCUAUGGAGUCAUGCCACCUCCGACGCCGUCACAAUACCCCCCAGCUAACGCAUCGACCAUCCUUGCUAGGCGAGGCAUCAACAACGCUCUCGUCGCUACCAAUCGCGCUUUCACUCCUCAACACAAUGAUGCAUGGCCAGGGUUCGACGAGAACUUGAUUGCGAACCCAUCAAAUGGAACUAUUGACGAGCAUGAUAACAUAGAGUUGCUCGAGGAGAAGGCUCAGAGGGCAAAGAGGGAGGCCCAAGCGAAGCGGAAGCAGAUCCCUCCUUUCGUGCAAAAGUUAAAUAGCUUUUUGGAGGAAUCGAAAAACACAGAUCUAAUUAGGUGGUCGGAGAAGGGUGACUCUUUUAUUGUCCUCGAUGAAGAUGAGUUUGCCAAAACCUUGAUUCCUGAGUUGUUCAAGCAUAACAACUACGCGUCCUUUGUUCGGCAGCUCAACAUGUACGGAUUUCACAAGAAAGUUGGUCUUUCAGAUAAUUCUAUGAAGGCUAGCGAACGUAAAAAUAAGAGCCCAAGCGAAUACUACAACCCUUAUUUCAAGCGUGGCCAUCCGAAUCUGCUCUGGUUAAUCAACAAGCCAAAGAGCGGUGGCCCCAAAAAGCUUGCCAAGAAGCGAGAAGAAGGUGAAGGUGAGAGCGACGAGGAUGUUGUCGUGGCAGAUGAAGCUAUCGGCCACCCCUUUCCUCAACAAAAUGCGCAGAACCGAGCACUGCCAGCGCCAGAGUCGGGGCCCCUUCAAAAGAAGGAGUUGGCAGUCGUCAGAGACCAAAUGGCAGCACUGCAGAGUCGCCAAAAGCAAAUCAGCGAAGCCAUCCAGCGACUCCGGCAGGAACAUAACCAACUGUAUCAGCAAGCAAUCAUGUUCCAGAAUAUGCAUGAUCGUCAUGAAAAUUCCAUCAAUGCUAUCCUAAAUUUCCUAGCGAACGUCUUUAGGAAGUCGCUCGAGGAGCAAGGUGGCGUGCAAAAUGUAAAUGAUCUACUAGCCAGCAUCAUUCCUAACGUCCAGAUGCCGCCGCCGCAAGGCCAAGGGAGUGUGGUCGAUCUGGGCGAUUGGGUGCACCACCCGCCUGGGACCUCGACACCGGUGGGCACACCCAAGAGACAGCACCGCCUUCUACCUCCUAUUCCUCAGAACCAAGGCAUUAAGACACCCCCCGUGACGACACCUACCACCAGUACCUCCACGCCGUUCUCUAACUAUCCAAAUAAUCAUCAGCCGCAGCCACAGAUAGGGCAUGUUACGGAAGUAUUCGAUACCCCGACGGAGUCGUCAACGCCUGCUUACCUCAAACAAGAACUCGAGUCAAAUCCUCAAGAGGGCAUGAUGAAAAUCAUCCAAGAUGCAAACACAAAUUCCGGAAAUGUUUCUGCCGACUUGCCCAACGUUGCCGCUAAUACGUCGGCAACUCUGACCAAUGACCAGCGAAACCGCAUGCUGAGCAUCAUGUCUGGCAGCCGGAACAGCGCAGUCCCUACUACUCCUCUCUCCUCAGCUUCUUCGCCCCCUGUACCAGCGGUCGCAAGUCCGCCUGUCGUGGGAGUUCCGCCGGCUGUAAACGGGCGCGCCUCACUAUCGCCCGAUUUGCCAUCAAUUCACCCACCGUCAAUCCAGCGGAUAUCGCAAACGGAAGAGGAACUCGAACAACUUCAACGCUUACAGCAUGAACAGGCCCAGAAGCUAGAGGAUCUCAACCAACUGCUAGGUCCCCUCAGUCCAUCAGGUCGAAUACCUGGCCUGGAUGAUUCGAGUGCUUACUUUGAUGACAAUAUCGAUCUAAACCAGUAUCUAGACCCAAAUGCGUAUAAUGCAGACGCACCAGCGACUGAUUUCAACUUCGAUACUACAGCCUUCCACGAUGGCGCGAACUUUGACUGGAAUACGGACGGCGGCGAGUUUGCUGCUACUAUCACCACUGAUAGCCUGAAUGCUGGACGAAUUGUGGAAACAAACACACCAAGCCAUAAGUCGCCAAGUCCGAGCGGCACUGAGGAAAUAUUGCGAAAUGAUUUGGACGAUAGCCCUGACCGAGCUGCAAAGAGGCAAAGAAAAGCAUGAUACAGCAUUAGCGGACGAAUGACAUUAUGAGUUCACGCAGAUGUCUAACGAAUUGAGACCAUAAAAAAGGGGCAUUAGAGUAUUUGCAAUUGUGACGGGGGCCAUUCUAAAGGGCUUACUUCCUCAGGAUGGGUUAACAUGGAUGGUGGUUUGGGGGUAUAGCCCUACUGCUUC